AUGUCUCUCGCGGAGAAGCUCCAGGAGAGGCGGCAGAAGGAGGAAGCCACUGCUGCUGUUUAUGAGGACUUCGGCAAGAGGCGACAGACCUUCAAGGAGGGGAAGUCGCGGCUUUACAGGAGAGAGUCGUGCGAGAAACAGCUUCAACAGCUCAAUAGCGUGGGAAUCGAGCCUCCAACUGAAUCAUGCGAAGUGGAAAUGCCCACUGAGGAAGAUUCUGGGAUGGAGGGGGAGCCUGAGUCGUCCCAGGCAACGCCGCCUCAGUCAGCAUCCUCACCGCCUCCUCCCCAGCCUGAAAUGAGAGUGCGGAAACAAUGGGUACAGUCGGAGAAUAUUCGUUUCCGCCAAGAUCGCAAGAGCCCAGAAGUGCUCCAGAAGGCUAGGGAAAUCCGAAACAAAUUCGGCCUGUCAGCCGAAGUCUGCGUGCGACUGGCGUUGCUCUUUCAGUUCCGCGACACAGAACGAGGCGAGGAUAUGCUCACCGUUUAUCUAGGCGCUUUGCAGCGACUCCAGAGUGGUUUCGUGUGCGCCAAGCUGACGAGUCGGUCUCUGAAAGUCAAGAAGAAGGUUGUGCAGGUCGACCCCAAAUCUCAGACUCUCUACAUUAAAGGCGUCGGGAAAUUGUAUAAACCGACGACAGCUCUCGAUAUGCGCUCGAUCAAGGACGUUUAUGCGGGAACGUCGCAGUCGCGAGAAUUCCGGGAGGUUAAUAGGCGGAUUAAAACGCUCGGUCACCGCCUCGAGGAGAAGCGAUGCUUUGUGAUCAAGACCGAGGUGCGCACAUACAGCUUGAUACUGAAUCGCGCAGCAGAUAUGGAGGACCUGUUCGCCGUAGUGGAUCUGCUGAAGGGGAACCAUGGGCCGGCAGUCUGGCGAACUGACAACAAAGGAGCCGAUGCCGUUUUCAGAACGGACCAAGAAAUGAACAUGGAUUUUGCUCUGCGAUCCUGA